UUCUGAGCAAGAUAGCAUCUCUGCCCAGCCUCUGCCAGUUUCUGCUCCCUCCUAUUAAGGGAAGGAAAGGAGUCCUCCAGGAGCAAACCUUAUCUUAAUCAUCUUUCUUAUUGAUUAUUCCGCUAUUAGCAACUGGAGGAAUCAGCUCUUUGAUGGGAUUGUAUUUAUCUCUGUAUCUCUUUUGUUAUUUAUAGAGCCCUAGAAGAGGGAGAGAAAAAGCAUGACACUUUUCAACACAUCAUUUUAAAAAAAGAUCAACAACGAAUUUUAGAAACUGUUUAAGAACGAUUAAAAGGAAAAGGCGUUUUUUGAUCUAAUCAACUAAGUAAACACUCACUCCUGUCACCCACAUCUUGAGAUAUCAUCUGUCCCUGGCUGUGGCCACUGGCGAGAUGACCUCUGCUUUUCCAUUUUUGAAUGUAAUAAAUAUUUGCUGCUUUUAACAUUUUCCGGACUUUCCCCCUCGCUGUUCCCUGGAAUUUUAACUCUAAAAGAUUGGAGAAAAGAUUACCGAAAGGGCUUUGACAAGCCUCCAAAAUGAUGCUGAGUCCGGACCAAGCCGCCGACUCGGAUCAUCCCAGCUCGGCGCACUCCGAUCCGGAGUCGCUGGGCGGUGCGGACGCCAAGGUGCUGGGCAGCGUGUCGGACCUGGAGCCGGUGGAGGAGGCCGAGGGCGACGGCAAGGGCGGCAGCCGGGCCGCGCUGUACCCGCACCCGCAGCAGCUGAGCCGCGAGGAGAAGCGCCGCCGCCGGCGCGCCACCGCCAAGUACCGCUCGGCGCACGCCACCCGCGAGCGCAUCCGCGUGGAGGCCUUCAACUUGGCCUUCGCCGAGCUCCGCAAACUGCUGCCCACGCUGCCCCCGGACAAGAAGCUCUCCAAGAUCGAGAUCCUGCGCCUGGCCAUCUGCUACAUCUCCUAUCUCAACCAUGUCCUGGACGUGUAG